AUGACAAAGAUGAGAUCAAGUUCAUCGUCCAUCAACCCUACCAGGAGACCUGCCACUGCGGAGGAGAAACAAAGAGCUCUGAGUCUCGCCCGUUCAAUGAAAACAGCACAUCCAUCAUUUAUAGCAGAGCUGAGGCAAAGUAAUGUCAGCCAAAGUUAUGUUCUGGUUAUCCCACAUGGAUUUGCAGUACAAAACAUGCCUGGAUGCGAUCAAAGCGUCCUCCUCCGUCUGCCCAGUGGUGGAACCUGGCAAGUCAACUAUAUUGUGCAUUACAAGGCAACUAAGUUCGGCUCAGGAUGGAGGCAGUUCGUAGUGGAUAAUGAACUGGAAAAGGAUGAUGUGUGUCUCUUUGAGAUCAUCAGGGCAAAGAACUACGACUUCGUCUUGGAGGUCAACAUCUUUCGAGCAGUAACGCCGGCCAUCGUGCUGCCGACCGAGCUCUCGACUGAAGGAAAGGGUAACACAAAAGGCCGUGAUCCGAUCGAGGUGGUGGCACGUCGAUAG